UCUCUCAGUUUUGCUCUGUUUUCCCUGCAACUCAAAAUCAGAGAUCUUUGACUCUCCAUAUUCAAUUUCUCUCUCUCUCUACAAUGGAAGUUGACGAGAGUUCAACUGAAAUCUCUCUGAUAGACACAGCCGCGACUCAAUCAUCAUCAGAAGACGUUCAACUAGACAAGUACCUACAGAGAUUGGAGUUGUUUCUUCGAUUCUUCGGCUUUUGUCAUUACUCUCCACUCAGCUUCACUCUCUCCUGGCUUUCAUUCCUCGCGAUCGGCUUGGCUGUUCCGUUUCUUAUAAUCGAGUUUUCGUAUUGCUCUGAUUGUGAGAAGUAUCAGAUCAGAGUGUUCGAGCUCGAAAUCUUCGUUUCUCAAUCCCUUCUCGCUGCCAUUUCUCUUCUCUGCAUUUCUCACAAUCUUCGCAAGUAUGGUGUUCGGAGGCUACUCUUCGUCGAUCGGUAUCGUGGUCAUAUGGCCCAGUUUCGCGACCUCUACAUUCACAAGAUUCAUAACUCUGAUCGAGCACUGAAUUUGAUGUUGGGGGCGUCUAAUCAGAGCAACACAAAGCAAUCAUGGAUGUUGAUUCGCAACCAAUGAUGGAGGAAACUAUUUUGGUCGGUGAUGAUCUUAUGAUGGGGCCUCCAUCACCACUCAUUCCACCAGAAAUUGCCUCUCAUGUACUCGAAGGCGUUGAUUUGUGUGAUGGGAUAUUGAGGAACCUAUUUUUGUGUUUGCAAAUCAAUGAUAUUGAGCCAUUUUGUCAGGAUGAGAUUGCUCUAUAUCGGCAAUGUGCAGAGAAAAGGGAUAAGGAACUAAGGGAACGACUUCAAGAUAGUGAGCGCAAAUUGGGGUCAACUAUGCCUUUAGAUGAAGCAAACGAAAGAGCGGCUCAACUAGAAUCAGAAGUCACAUCAUUGGAUAGGCGCUUAAUUCUGGCCAGUGGAAUUGAAGGCAUGGAUGGAUUUCGCCAGAGAUGGAGUUUACAUGGUCGCCUCACAGAUACCAAGAGAAGAUUGGAGGCCUUGAAGAUGGGAAUGGAAAAGAGAAAAAAGGAUGAGCCCGUUGUUGGAGUUGUCGGAGGUUCUACAACCAAAAAAUGGUUCUUUUGGUGAAAGUUAUUGCUGCUUUGUCUACUAUAUGAACAUCUGCUCUUGUGGUAAUGGUGGAAGUUGGAGGUUCUACAGUAUCACAAAAUGUAUACUCAGUGACCGUUUUGUGAUGAAGCCUCCUCUUGUGGGGUGUACUAAAGCAGUGAAGCAUAUUUUGCCUCAACAGGAGGCUUGGAUAUUGUGAUAAUUUUUGUAUGCCUUGUUCAAAAGUGAGCAAAUAGGACUAGUUGAAUUUUCUCAGUUGUCAAACAUUAUUGGAUGUAUUUAGAUUUGAUUUGUUCUCAGUUGUCUAUUUUAUUCCUCUUUUUUAUGGCUCAUAA